CUAAGCUAGGGAGAAGCAAGUUUUGAAUAGUUGCAGUGGAAUAAUUAUUAGGAACGCAUUCUCCCUCCGUGCACGAUGGGAACCAAGAAAGAAGACAUGAGGAGGCACAUUCGUCUGCACAUGGAAAGUACGCUGACCUCCCGGGACAAGGUCGGGGUGCAGGAUUUUGUGAUGUUGGAUGCAUAUACCAGCGAAUCUGCUUUUUUGGACAAUCUUCGCAAGCGUUUCAGUCAGAACCUCAUCUAUACAUAUAUUGGCACCCUCCUUGUGUCUGUGAAUCCAUACCAGGAGCUUGGAAUCUACACCCUGAGCCAGAUGGAACUUUACGAAGGGGUCAAUUUCUUUGAACUGCCACCACAUCUCUAUGCCAUAGCUGACAACGCUUACCGCAUGAUGUGCUCGGAGCUAAAUAACCACCUCAUCCUCAUUUCUGGAGAGAGCGGGGCAGGGAAAACGGAGGCCUCCAAGAAGAUUCUCCAGUAUUUAGCAAUGACCUGCCCAAUGACCGACUCAUUACAAAUAGCCCGUGACAGACUGCUGCUCUCCAAUCCAGUGCUGGAGGCUUUUGGAAAUGCCAAAACGCUCCGGAAUGACAACUCCAGCAGAUUUGGAAAAUAUAUGGACAUACAGUUUGACUUUCAGGGCAUUCCCGUAGGCGGGCAUAUCAUCAGUUACUUGAUAGAAAAAUCUCGUGUCGUCUAUCAAAACCAGGGGGAGCGGAAUUUCCACAUCUUCUACCAGCUGCUAGAGGGCGGUGACGAGGAGCUCCUUGCUUACCUGGGACUGGAGCGAGACCCCCGUCUGUAUAAGUACCUCUCACAGGGUCAUGGUGCCAACGAGUCGUCUAUGAAUGACAAGAAUGACUGGAAAACCAUUUCCAAUGCCUUUUCUGUCAUCGAUUUUACUGAACACGACCUUGAGAAUCUCUUUGGAAUUAUUGCCAGUGUCCUACACCUGGGGAACAUUUGUUUUGGAGUGAACCACCAGGGCUGUGCCACCAUACCAGUCACCCGCGAGAUCAAAUGGAUCGCCAAGCUCCUGGGGUUCCAACCAUCAGUCCUUCUGGAAGCUCUCACCCAUAGAAAGAUCGAAGCCCAAACUGAAGAGGUGCUAUGCCCAUUGACGCUAGAACUCUCUACCUUCGCGAGAGAUGCAAUGGCGAAGGCUGUUUAUGGACGAACAUUCACUUGGCUGGUCAACAAAAUUAAUUCCUCCAUAGUGAAUAAGGAGUUCACCAAGAAAACUGUGAUUGGAUUGCUGGAUAUCUAUGGCUUCGAAGUCUUUGACAAGAAUGGUUUUGAACAGUUCUGUAUAAAUUACUGCAAUGAAAAACUCCAGCAACUGUUAAUUGAGAGAACCCUAAAAGCGGAACAGGCAGAAUAUGAAAUGGAAGGUAUAGAGUGGGAGCCAAUUCAGUAUUUCAACAACAAGAUCAUCUGUGAUUUGGUAGAAGAGAGACACAAAGGAAUCAUUUCCAUCCUGGAUGAAGAAUGCAUUCGUCCUGGUCCUGCUACAGACUUGAGUUUCCUCCAGAAACUGGAAGAGAAAGUGGGCAAGCACGCACACUUCCGAACCCGGAAGCUGGCGGAUCCAAUGGGCCGAAAGAGGAUUGGCUGGAUGGAAUUUCAACUCUUCCACUACGCCGGAGAGGUCACAUACUGCACCAAAGGAUUCUUGGAGAAAAACAGUGAUAUCCUCUACAGACAUCUGAAAGAGGUGCUGUGCACGUCCAAAAACGGCAUCCUGAAGGAAUGCUUCCUGGUGGCCGAGUUAGAAAACCGGAGAAGGUCGCCAACAGUGGGGACUCAGUUUAAAAACAGCCUGAGCAGCCUUCUGGAAAUUCUCAUCUCCAAGGAACCUUCGUACAUCCGUUGCAUCAAGCCCAAUGAGAGGAAAGAGCCCAGUGAGUUGUACAAGUCCUUGUGCCCAGACACUUGGCCGCACUGGCACGGGCCUCCAGCAGAGGGCGUAAAGCGGCUGGUCAGGUACAUCGGCUAUAAACCUGAGGACUACAAGUUAGGGAGAACCAAAAUAUUCAUUCGUUUCUCCAGAACUGUGUUUGCUACUGAAGAUGCCUUUGAAUUGAGUAAACAUCAAUUAGCUGCGAAAAUUCAAGCCACAUACAAAGCCUGCCUAGAAAGGAGAGUCUAUGUGAAAAAGAGACAAGCAGCCAUCAAACUUGAAACCCACUGGCGUGGAGCCCUGGCUCGGAAGGAGAUGAAAAGGAGAAAGUGGGCUGUGCAGGUUAUAAGGAAGUUCAUAAAGGGAUUUAUCAAUCGAGACAAGCCUCUUGGUCCUGACAAUGAGGAGUUUGUUGUGUUCGUGCGGAAGAAAUACAUCUUGAAGCUUCGGUACUAUGUCCCAAAGAAUGUCUUGGACAAGAACUGGCUGACGCCUCCUGGUAUCUUGGAAAAUGCAUCGUAUCUGCUCUGGAAACUGUGCAAAAGAAACCUGGUUCGGAAGUACUGCCGUGGGCUCACAGCCGAGAGGAAGGCACUGAUGCAACAAAAGGCAGUUACCAGUACAAUAUUCAGGGGAAGGAAAGAAGGCUACGCAGAAACUUUAAACCAACCCUUUGCCAACAGUCGGCUAGAUGAAGAAGACAUUAAUCCCAAAGUGCUUCAACUCAUUAACAGUGAGAAAAUCCAGUACGGUAUCCCGGUCAUUAAAUACGACAGGCAAGGCUUCAAGGCGCGACAGCGGCAACUCAUUCUUACUCAGAAAGCGGCUUACGUGGUGGAACUUGCCAAAAUCAAGCAGAAAAUAGAGUACUCAGCACUCAAAGGUGUCUCUACCAGCAAUCUGCGCGACGGGAUCGUAGUGAUUCACGUUUCGCCAGGAGUCAGCAAGCAAAAGGGGGACGCCAUCUUACAGUGUGAACACAUAUUUGAAGUGGUUACUAAACUCGCCAUGCUGGUUAAGAAGGAGAACAUGGUAAACGUCGUUCAAGGAAGUUUACAGUUUUAUAUUAGUCCUGGAAAAGAAGGCACAAUAGUUUUCGACACUGGACCAGAAGAACAAAUCUAUAAAGAUAAAAAUGGACAGUUAACAGUGGUGAGUGCUGUGUCUGAGGAGGGAAGUAAAUAGUGUUAGAUGAGAAUAAAGAUGAAAAUUCCACCAAUUUCAGUCCUUCUAUAGAUUGACUGGAAUCAUAACCUAGUUCAUCUCUUUAUUCCUGAUUCUGCAUCUGAAAAGCAGGAAGAAAUUGAUGUAUGAAAAGGGAAAAAAGCAAGUUGACCUGCCAUGUUUAGUUGUCAGUGAACCAGAAGUGGGCAUUAAAUUCUUCUCAGUUUUAAAUGACAGAGCCCAACUUUUCACUGGAUGGGGAAGGACUUACGCUUUGUCACAGUGGUUCUCAAACUCCACACUGGGAUUUCCUGGUGCGCUUCAAAAAAUCCCAGUGUUUGUAUCUUACCCCUAGAUGCUGUGAUGUAAUUGGCUGGGUGUGUGUGUGUUGGGGGUGUGUGUGGGGGGCAUGGGCUUUGGAACCACUGCUGUCUUAGGAAGAAGUCCAAUGUUUUUGCUGAUCCCACCAGCCCUCACGGGCAAGUAGCACACCAAGCUUAUUUUUGAUCCAAUUUUGCCAGAUAAUGUUAAUUUUUAACAUAUUUAAAGCUGAGGGGGCUGAAUUUUCAAGAUGUACUUUGUAUAUAUACCACACAUUAUUCAUUAUUUCAUACAAACUAAUUAGAAAAUGGUCUGUCAACAUGGAGUUAUCUCAUGCAUUUAAGUUCAAACAUUUAACUAUGACAUUGUUUUGUAGGUAUAAAAGAUAAUUUUGUGUACUAUUUACAACAGAACUGCCCCUAAAUACAACUCCUCAGGGACAAGUUAGAAUACUUAAGCAUGAUUUUUAGUGUAGAAUAUAAGGUGAUUUUUCAGUUUAUAUGCUCUUCAAACUCCCGCCCCUAAGACCGAGUAUCUUUCAGAGUCACACAGCCGAUCUUCCUGCCUGACUGGCUCAGGCUGACGAUGCUAACAGGCCUCAGCGAGCCCAUUUCUAAACGUGGCUUCUCUUGUGGGAGGUGGGGCAGAAAAGACGGUGUGUGUGGUGGGGCUGGCUUCUCGCAGCUCUCCACACUUACCUGGAUGAUGACGGUUGGGGUGAUAACUGCUUCCGUCUGGGUGAGGCAAGGUGAGAGGCCUCUGAACCGAAACGUGGACUCUCUCCCAGGUGUCGGUCCGCAUGAAGUCCUGAUAGAGGAUGAUGUCUGACUGAGGAACGUGCCCAGGCGGCAGGAAUUUGAUCCGGUGAGCUACACCUUCAAGGGAAGGUUACAGCAGCUCUAGGGGAAGGAUCAUCACAUUUGAAGAAACGGAGUGGCAUUUUAUGCCCGAGCCCUACCCCAGCUUCUCAGGUGCCCUGUGGCACUAAGUGGUCCUCUUCAGGGAGCCAACCUCAAGUCUCCCAAGGGGGUGGCUUUAAAUGUUCCCAGUAGGACCUACACUCGGGCACUUUGACCUGCCAUUAGAAGGCAGGCAACAGGUUCUCUCUGCCUUUGUCAAACUGCCUCCAAAGCACAAGGAAGUACUCUAUCUGGUUGGAGAGUAAGUAAAUGACAUUUCAUAAAGCUGCAGAAUUUGAAUUUUGCUUUAAAUACAUGGGACUUAGAAAUGUACCCACUUCCUUACAUCAGAUAGGCUCCUUAGGUUCCAGAUGGUGAGCUGUGUGUGCUCUGACCCCACCUCCCCGGUGUUAAAUCGUUGGCAACACUGGCGAUCCGUUCAGGCUUUUCAGAAGCCCCAGCAUAUUUCUGCUCAAGAGUUCCUUCCAGUGUUUGAAUCCAAUCACUACAGAUAAAAUGACUCAUUUUUUCCACCCUGAGCAACUUUAACCCUUUUGCCGUGACACUCGGAUAUAUCCGAAUGAAUAUGUCCGAAAUUUUUAUACAGAAAAACGUCAUUGAUACACAAAGCAGCUCAAAUUGUUAUUAAAUGCAUAAAAAUAGUCAAAAUAUCAACUUUUUGUGGAUUUCUGACACAUUUUGAAAAAAAGCUUGAAAUCAACGCAGCGAAAGAGUUAAGGUGAUCAAGUA